AUGUUCCACGCGAGCGAGAACUGCAUACAGGAGCUGCUCUCGGCCUCUGACUCGGUGAACGAUGGGUGGAAGGUGGUGGGAGUGGAUGGCAACGGGGUCGAGAUCUCCAAGCGCAGAUCGGGAUCGCUCCACACCUUCCGCAGCCGCUGGGUGAUCCACUCGGUCUCGCCCCAGCAGUUCAUCACGGUCGCUAAUGCAAUCGAUGCUGCCAAGGAGUGGGAUGGGGAUUUAGUGCAAGGGAAGUACAUUAAAGACCUUGAAGAAAACUUGAGCAUUGUGUGGUUGAGGUAUGGAGAGAGAUCGAAGCCGUUGUUUAGAAACCGAGAGUUCAUCGUGUACGAGCGACGCGAAACCAUGGACGAUGGCACUCUGGUUGUCGCAGUGGCGUCUCUACCUAAAGAGAUAGCAGCUGGACUACAACCAAAGCAAAACAACUCCAUAAGAGGGCUGUUGCUGCAGUCUGGAUGGGUUGUUGAGAAGCUACAAAAUGAUUCUUGCAUUGUCACUUACAUAGCUCAAUUGGAUCCUGCAGGGUGGCUGCCAAAAUGCUUUGUGAAUAGAUUAAAUACAAAAUUGGUGAUGAUAAUUGAAAACCUUAAAAAGCAGGUGGUGGCAUGUCCCACUAGAGGGAGAGGGCCUACAUGAGUAUUACUUUUAUGUAAACCAAUCCAAAUACAGAGAUUAAAGUUAAUUAUCUUAAUUAUCAUACACUCAGAUAUUGAUGAAUCCAAGUUAUGAUUAA